AUGAGUCCAUGUUGUCAUGUACGUGAGUAUGAAAUCAAAAGCCUUAUUUCUCGCUACGGUAAUCGCCAUGGGAUUACACCAGACGACAUGCAGAUUCGCCUCGUUGAGAAAUGCAAUGGUGGUGACUACCAUAUAACUAUAGGAAAAUUUGAAGUUCGCAUACCGCAAUGCAACGAGUUUCGAAAAUAUUUACUCCACGUUGGACGUUUUAUGCCCGAGAUCAAAAUGGUCCAUGUAAAAUGCGAUCGUGCGCACUACUCUCAUUGCUUGAAAUAUAAUUGCAAAGAGAUGGACUACGUUGACCUGGCCAACUGUGCGUACAAUAACACGAUAUGA